AUGCCUGGAGUCACACUCGUCCACCACCUUAGCCACAGUGCUCCUUCCGUUUCUGGCUUUGAUUCUGAUGAUUCUCCCGCAACGAGCGCCGUUUUCGUACCAUCCGGUAGAGAGUGCGACCACUUUUUCCGGCAGCGGAUGGAAUUUGCCGUCGCACUCGGAGGCGCCCCCUCCGUCCCCGCCGCGAGCAAAGUUGUUGAGAGUGAGAAUGGCGUGCGUUCCCGAGGGUUUGUAGCCGGGGGGAUGAUGAUGAGCAUUGGAUUUGCCGGAUUCUGCGUUUGUGAGAUAUGGAAGAUGGGUUGCAAGGCAAAGGAAAAGCACCAUCCCACCAACACUCGCCAUGUUGCUCAACCUUUUUAUUAUUUUCCUUCGGUUGAGUAA